AUGUUCACUUUGAUUUUACUCUUCUUGCUGCUAAACAUUCCACUUCUUGUGGCUGAUUUUAUUUAUCCCAGGUGCUUUUGGAGAAUAAAACAGAAUAAAGACGAGGAUGGAAACCUGGGAUCAGGUUGUAGCUUCUUUAUUCAAGCAGUACCAUGGCCUGUGGAGAAAGAGUAUUUCAGUUCUAUUUUGAAUACACAAACACACACUGAAAAUCACAAGUAUGCUCUGGUCUUGGCUUUUUCCAUAAAUGAAGUCAACAGGAACUCUGAUCUUUUGCCAAAUAUGUCUCUAAUAUUUACAUUCUCAGCACUGAUUUGUGGUUAUGAAUCCCAAUUAAAAAGUCUCAUUCAUUUGAGUUUACAAAAUCAUGAAAUUUUCCCUAAUUAUAUCUGUAACGAUGACAUAUGUGCAGUGGCACUCACAGGACUAAACUGGGCAACAACUCUGACACUUUAUACAAUCCUAAACAACUUCAUAUCUCAUCAGUUCCUUCAUCUUACUUAUGGACCCUUUCAUCCUGCCAUGAGCGAUCAUGAAGAAUUUCCCUAUCUAUAUCAGAUGGCCUCUGAGGAUACAUCUCUAGCCCUUGCCAUGGUCUCCUUCAUAAUUCAUUUCAAUUGGAACUGGGUAGGGUUGGCCAUCUCAGAUAAUGAUAAAGGUGUCCAAUUUCUUUCCUAUUUGAGAAGAGAGAUGGAAAAAAAUACAGUCUGCUUUGCUUUUGUCAGCAUGAUUCCAGUCAAUAUGCAUUUAUACUUGACAAGAACUGAAGUGUAUUACAAUCAAAUCAUGACAUCAUCUACAAAUGUUGUUAUCAUAUAUGGUGACACAGACAGUACUUUAGCUGUGAAUUUUAGAAUGUGGGAAUCUCUAGAUAUAAAGAGAAUAUGGGUCACCACCUCACAGUGGGAUAUUACUACUAGUAAGAAAGACUUCACAUUUGAUAACUUGUAUGGGACAUUUGCUUUUGGACACCACCAUGGCGAGAUUUCUGGUUUUAAAAACUUUGUCCAGACAUUGAACCUGUUAAAAUGCUCAGAUGAAUAUCUGGUAAAGCUGGAAUGGAUGCACUUUAACUGUGAAGUCUCAGCACCUAAAUGUAAGACACUGAAGAACUGCUCAUCCAAUCACCAUUUGGAAUGGUUAAUGGUACGUACUUUUGACAUGGCCUUUACUGAAGGGAGCUAUGCCAUAUACAAUGCUGUAUAUGCUGUUGCCCAUGCACUCCAUGAGCUGACUUUUCAAAAAUUUGAUAAUCUGCCCACUGACAAUGUGAAGGAACAAAAUUAUGCCUGCAACAAG